AUGUCGGGUGCUGGUGUCGACGAUCUAAUUGGCGAGCUGUUCCCUGAUAAGGCCAAGAAGAAGAAUCCGGUGCACAAGGCCUCAGGUGCCCCACCUCCACCGCAUCGCCGGCAAUCGGAGUGGGACGACGACAGCGACAAUGAAAGCGGUGUGCCAACCAAUGCGCACGUGAGUGGUGGUGUUGGCGUCGCUCGCUCGUCUUUGCGUGUUGCUAACUCUCCCAUCUCUUCAUCUGCCACGGCUGCCCACCCCACCACCACCACCUCCGCCACCACGACGGCUGCAGUUCGUCAUUCUGUCGGACACGCCUUUGACGACGAUACCAGUGAGGAUGAGGGGGAUGCGAAUGUCAAGAGAAACUCAACAGCGGUAGACGGCCAUGGUGCUGCCUCCAGCCCCAUUCGUAACUCUUCCGGGGUCCCCCAACCCGACGCCCCCACCCUCCGUGGUGGUGUGAGCAGCCCGGUAAUACACCCCGUUCCGUUUCCUUCGCUGUCCGACUCCGACGGCGCCUUCUCGUGUGCGCCGCGUUGCUACCUCACCAACCGCGGUGCCGCUUUAUGCGGGGCCGCCACCCACCCAACUCUCCAGCAACUACGCGCACUUGCCACAAACGAACUCGCCAUUGCGGCCUCCACCCGUGCGCAGGCCAUGGUGAAGAAGGGCGCCUUCCACGCGGUGGUGUCGAAGCUCGGCAACGGCUGCCUCGACCACCACGGCGACUGCACCAACGACGGCGGCUGCCCGCACAUUCUGUGCCACAGGUGCAACUACAUGGUGGUGCGUCUGCAGGGCGCGGAGUGGGAGGACGCCCACGGCAGGGUGAAUCUGUACCUGACGCUGCGCAACUUCUACCCCGACUGGUGCCGGCUGGCGAACGCGACGCCGGUCGGAGUCGAGGACGGGCAACGGUCGGGCCAAUACGUGUUGAAGGUGAAUCCGGCGACCGCGGCGUACUGCUGUCAGUGCUCGUGGGUGACGAUGAAGAGCGCCAAGGCGGUGAUUGAGACGAAGCUGACGGAUGCCUUUUUGGUGAAGUCAGAGUCGGAUGGAAGCCACCCUUUUGCGACGGAGAUGCCGCUGGUGCACGGUGAGAAGCGUCGCCCGCCUUUGUGGGUGUGCCAUGGACACCCCCAGUAG